AUGGAAGAUUACGGGUUCGAGUACUCGGACGAGGAGCCUGAGGAACAAGAUGUUGAUAUCGAGAACCAGUACUAUAAUUCCAAAGGUCUGGUUGAGUCGGAUGCCCAAGAAGCACUCUCUGGAUUCGCAGAAGUAGUCCGCAUGGAACCAGAAAAGGCCGAGUGGGGCUUCAAAGCGCUAAAGCAAACAGUGAAGAUUUACCAUCGUCUGGGGAGGUAUAAAGAGAUGAUGGAUGCUUACAGGGAAAUGCUUACAUAUAUUAAAUCGGCUGUGACAAGGAAUUACAGUGAGAAGUGCAUAAACAAUAUAAUGGAUUUUGUUUCGGGAUCAGCCAACCCGAACUUCAGUCUCUUGCAAGAGUUCUAUCAGACAACUUUGAAGGCCCUUGAAGAGGCAAAAAAUGAGAGACUGUGGUUCAAGACAAACCUUAAACUUUGCAAGAUUUGGUUUGAUAUGGGUGAAUAUGGUCGGAUGAGUAAGAUCUUGAAGGAGCUCCAUAAAUCUUGCCAAAAGGAAGAUGGUACAGAUGACCAGAAGAAGGGCAGCCAGCUUCUUGAGGUCUAUGCAGUGGAGAUACAAAUGUAUACAGAGACAAAGAACAACAAGAAGCUCAAGCAAUUAUACCAAAAAGCACUUGCAAUAAAGUCAGCUAUUCCACAUCCACGAAUUAUGGGAAUAAUUCGAGAGUGCGGUGGGAAGAUGCACAUGGCAGAGCGUCAGUGGGCUGAAGCGGCAACAGAUUUCUUUGAAGCUUUUAAGAACUAUGACGAAGCUGGAACUCAAAGACGCAUACAAUGUCUAAAAUACCUGGUCCUUGCCAAUAUGCUGAUGGAGUCUGAAGUUAAUCCGUUCGAUGGUCAAGAGGCAAAGCCAUAUAAAAAUGAUCCAGAGAUCCUCGCAAUGACCAACCUUGUUGCAGCAUACCAGCGGAAUGAGAUUCUGGAGUUUGAGAAGAUCCUUAAGAGCAACAGGAAAACGAUAAUGGAUGAUCCCUUCAUUAGAAACUACAUUGAAGAUUUACUGAAGAAUGUCAGGACUCAAGUGCUACUCAAGCUGAUUAAACCUUAUACAAGAAUCCGCAUACCUUUCAUCUCAAAGGAACUCAACGUGCCAGAAAAGGAUGUGGAACAGCUUUUGGUGUCGCUCAUACUUGACAAUCGCAUCGAUGGGCACAUUGACCAGGUCAAUCGGCUGUUAGAACGUGGUGACAGGUCAAAGGGAAUGAAGAAGUACACUGCAGUCGAGAAGUGGAACACGCAGCUUCGAUCUCUUUAUCAGACUGUCAGCAAUCGUGUUGCUUGA